AUGAUGAAUCAAUUGGAAACAAAUUUAGUUUUAUGGGCUAUUUGUUCCAUAAUUUUAUUAGAAAUUUUAUUUGUCAUCUGUCUAUGCCGGUGCUGUUCUAAUCGUAUUAAACCAAAACGAUUUUAUGUUAAGCGAGAAGAAUAUGAAUAUUUUCAAGGUAAUAGUGGUACACCUUCACAAUUUCAAUCAACCAUUCUUCGUCCUCCACAUGCUGAUGAAUUAGCACUUGUUGGUACUAUUCGAGAACAAAAUCAUACUAUAAGUUUUGAUAGUGGUAUUCAAAAUUUGGCUUAUUAUCGUAAUGAUAAUGAUGAUAAUGAAUUUAUUCCACCAGCAUCAUCUUUACUGACAGAAUUUCCUUCUUCAUCUCAAAAUUUAAAUUGGAUUGAAUUACGGCCAUCAACAACAAACAGUUUGAUAAAUACUGCUCAAUUACCACCAGCUGAUUAUGAGAUACGUUCUUAUCCAACAGAUGAUUAUCUUUACACACAUCAAUCUUCACCUCCUCGUCCAACUGUGAUUGAUUUUCGGCAAUAUCGAGAUCAAUACGAGGAUGAUGAUGAUGAAUUACAAAAUUUUCAAUUUCAUUCUCUUCAUCGUCCUGAAAUUAUUCAUUCGCAUAUACAACGAACAGAUACAUCGACUGAAUCAUUCGGCGGUAAUAAUUUAACACUUGUACCUAAAUCUAUUCUUAAAGGUAGUACUAGUACAACACCACCACUUGAUUUACUUUCGACACAAUAUUCUCAAACAUAUCGUAGUCGAACACCAUCAAAAUUUGAUGAAUCACCACGAAUAUCAGUCAAAAUAAAUACAGACGAAUCGAUACCAAUCGGUUAUCCGACAAGUGCAAUUGAGAAAACUAUUCCAAAUGAAUCAAUUAUUCCAAUAUCUUCGAAUCGAAUACGUUUUGCUAGUGUUAGUCAGUUAAAUGAAGUCGAAUGGGAAGUACCAAGAGAAUUUCAAACUGUUGUUUAUGAUUUAACCGAGGAUAGACAACCAUUUCGUGGUGUUUUAAUUUAUAGUUCAAAUGAAAAUUUAAAUAAUAACAAUAAUAAUCUCCAUGAUAAUGAAAAAUUAUCAAAUCGACAACGAAGUCAAUCAGCUGUUGUUGAUCAAAAAACACAUGUAUCACGUAUAUUUGUGCCAUGGGAUCGUGAAAAGAAACUUGUUCAAUCUCUUUAUUUAUCAAAUAGUAUCGAACAAGGCGAUACUACACAACAGAAAGCAUUUGAAUAUUAA